AUGCUGCGAAGAUUCUCAUCAACCUUCAACAAGAAGAAGGGCGACCGCGAGCCCAAGCAAAACGGCGUUGCGACCACCACCACCACCACCACUCCCACCACUAAUAAGCGCUACUCAAAGGUUCCCGAGGGACACAAGUCCUCAUCGGAAGAGGAGCGCAACGAGAAAAAGGGCGGCGCGGUCUCGCCUUUUGAGAAAUACGCAUCAGUUCUCCAUGCCUCGCGGACACCAAUCCCCAAUCAGACUGGCGAUGGCGCCUAUCUUGAACACGAGCAUACAACCAGUCUGCUGCAAGAUGCCAGACAUCUUGGUUUCAAGGAUCUGGCGACCCUGAAAGAGGUCAUAAAGAACAAAGCAACCGGGCAGCUGGUUGAUGAUAAGACCAUGUUGAUGGAGCGCGUUAUCCAACUGGUCAGCAGUCUUCCUCAUAACUCCAAGCAUCGCGAGGAGCUCACCCACUCUUUCCUUGACGAACUAUGGGGCUCUCUGCCUCAUCCUCCACUCUCGUAUAUGGGAAGUGAAUAUGCCUAUCGCUCCGCAGACGGAUCCAACAACAACCCCACACUGCCAUGGUUGGGCGCUGCAAACACGGCAUAUGCUCGUACCAUUGCGCCCUUGAUCAUCCAGCCUGGUGGAUUGCCAGACCCUGGUUUGGUUUUUGACACACUCUUCGCACGCCAGAGCUUCAAGCCCCAUCCCAACAACGUCUCCAGUCUGUUCUUUGACUGGGCAUCUCUCAUCAUUCACGAUAUCUUCCAGACUGACUAUAGAAACCCCCACGUAAACAAGACCUCUGGCUACCUCGAUCUCUCUAUUCUAUAUGGCGAUGUUCAGGAGGAACAGAACUUGAUCCGGACUUUCGAGGGCGGGAGGCUGAAAACGGAUUCAUUCUCCGAGCCCCGUCUUCAAGCAUUCCCGGCUGCCUGCUGUGUUUUGCUUGUCAUGCUGAACAGAUUCCACAAUCAUGUCGUGGAGCAGCUGGCAGCUAUCAACGAGAAUGGCCGCUUCACUCAGCCCCGCGAUGGCCUCCCAGAGGACCAGGCCAAGAAGGCUUGGGAGAAAUAUGAUGAAGAUCUGUUCCAGACUGGACGACUGAUCACCUGUGGAUUAUAUAUCAACAUCACCCUUUACGAUUACCUGCGCACGAUCGUCAACCUUAACAGGACAAAUUCGACCUGGUGUCUGGAUCCCCGAGCACAAAUGGAGGGCAACAACACAACUCCGUCUGGACUGGGUAACCAGUGCUCCGUUGAGUUUAAUCUGGCCUACCGUUGGCAUUCAGCUAUUAGCGCCAAUGACGAGAAAUGGACCGAGAAAAUCUACGAGGACCUCAUGGGGAAGCCUGCGUCAGAGGUCUCCAUGACUGAGCUUCUGAUGGGUCUCGGCAAGUAUGAGGCUGGACUUUCAAAGGAUCCUUCUCAGCGAACAUUUGCCGGCUUGGAGCGCCAGGCGGAUGGGAGAUUCAGGGAUGAGGAUCUCGUCAACAUUUUGACUGGCGCUAUCGAGGAUGUUGCUGGUUCUUUUGGCGCCAGGAACGUGCCCAAGGUCCUCAAGAAUGUUGAAGUCCUGGGUAUUCUCCAGAGCCGGAAGUGGAACGUCGGCUCGCUGAACGAGUUCCGCAAAUUCUUUGGACUGAAGCCGUACGAGACUUUUGAGGAGAUCAACUCGGACCCUGAUGUCGCCGAGUCCCUCCGCAGUCUGUAUGACCAUCCUGACUUCGUGGAACUGUAUCCCGGUAUUGUGUCUGAGGAGGCCAAAGAGCCGAUGAUUCCUGGUGUUGGAAUUGCCCCUACGUAUACCAUCUCCCGUGCUGUUCUGUCUGAUGCCGUGGCUCUCGUCCGCGGUGAUCGCUACUACACGAUCGACUAUAACGCCCGGAACCUGACAAACUGGGGUUACUCCGAGGUCAGAUAUGAUCUCAGUAUCAAUCAGGGAUGUGUUUUCUACAAGCUCGCCACCAGAGCAUUCCCGGACUGGUUCAAGUCUGACUCGAUCUACGCGCAUUACCCGAUGACUAUCCCCAGCGAAAACAGAAAGAUUAUGAAGAAUCUAGGAAGAGAGGCACACUACUCCUACGACCGUCCUCAGUACAUCCCUCCCCCUGUGGAUCUGCUGUCAUAUCCUAGUGCCAAGUUGGUUGCCGAGCAGCGAAAGGACUUCCACACGGUCUGGGCUGAUACCGUUGAAUUUGUCUUCGGAAAGGCCAGCAAGAAUUUCAAGCUUUCCGAGGACACUGCCUUCAUUGAGAGGCAGAGGGAAACUAUCAGCAAGCUCCUGAGCCAGGAUGAGUGGCAACGGAACGUCAAGGAGUUUUAUGAAGAGAUUACAACCGGGCUGCUCGAGGAGAAGACAAGGAGAUUUGCAGGCAUCAACCAAGUUGAUAUCACCAGGGAUAUCGGCAAUUUGGUACCAGUGAUCUUUGCCUCGAACCUCUUCUCUCUCCCUCUUCGAAGCAAGGAGAACUCACGAGGCAUCUUCACUGAGCAUGAGAUGUUCAACGUCCUGGCAGUUCUGUACAACUGCAUUUACUUCGACAUUGACAAGACCAAGUCAUUCCCUCUUCACCACGCCUCCCAGGCUGUUGGAGAGCAGCUGGGCAAGGCUGUUGAAGCCAACGUAAAGUCGCUUGGCGGCAGCAGCUUGCUUUCUGGUAUUCUAGGGGGCUCUCGGGACAACAAAAAUGCUUUGAAGGAGUACGGAGCGCACAUGACAAAGCAGCUUUUGGAAAAUGGCCUUGGUGCUUCUGAGAUUACGUGGUCUCAGAUCCUGCCCACCGUGAUUGCGAUGGUCCCAAGCCAGGCACAAGCAUUCACUCAGAUCAUCGACUUUUACCUGUCCAAGGAGGGCAGCAAGUAUCUUCCUGAGAUCCAGCGCCUGGCUAGAGAAGAGUCCAAGGAGUCGGACGAGCAACUGCUCCGCUACUGCAUGGAAGCCAUCCGUCUCAAUAAGACGUCAGGAGCCUAUCGCGAGGCUCGGACAAGCCUGACUGUCACUGAAGAAACUGGCCAGGUCACCCUUCAGCCCGGAGACAAGGUCUUUGUCGGAUUUGCCAAAGCAAACCGCGACCCAUCUGUCUUCCCCGACCCUAGCGAAGUUCGCCUCGAUAGGCCCUUGGACGCGUACAUCAACCACAGUCUCGGACCACACGGUUUCCUGAGCAAGGAAACAAGCCAGAUUGCUUUGACAGCCAUGUUGCGUGCUGUCGGACGUCUGAACAACCUCCGCCGCGCUCCUGGGGCUCAGGGCGAGGUGAAGAAGGUCCCGAUUGCUGACGGAUAUUCUGCCUAUCUGAGAGAAGACCAUGGAAGCUACUCUGUCUUCCCUACGACUUUCCGAGUCCAUUACGAUGUGUGA